AAGGAGAAUAAGAGGCAGCAAUCAAGAAUCCGGCAGAAAAGCCGUUGGAGAAAUAAAAAAUGGCUUCUUCAAUGGCUAUCUACAUCAAAGCCUUUGUCCUUCUUCCUUUACUUUUUGUUUCAUCCUAUGCUAGAAACAAACAUAUUGACCUGGGCUUUGACAAUGCUGACGGCUCUUCCGUUGCCAUCAAUAUUGAUCCUUCCUCAAAGGCAUUUUUUGAAUUCCUCGACGGCAAGAAGAAGCACAAGAAGCCUAAGAAGAAAAGCAAGAAACAUGAAUUAAUAUUUCCAGGAUUUCCCUUUCCUGGAGAGGAAGUAAACCAAGAAGAAGCACCACAAGAUCCAGCCGUCGGUGGAGAUGAAGGGGGGGGAAAAUACAAUAAAAAGCCCGAUUUCGAGAUGGAAAAUCUUGGUGGUUGGAUAAUACAUUCACCAAAUGCUGGUGUUGCAGCCAUGCAUAUACAAUUGAUGCCAAAUAACAAGGCUGUUUGGUAUGAUACCACAAAUCUUGGACCAUCUGCAAUUCAACACAACCCUCCAUUUUGCAAGCCAGUUCCAGACAGGCCUGGUGAGACAGAUUGCUGGGCUCAUGGCGUUCAAUAUGACAUUGAGAGUGGUCAAGCCAGGACAUUGAAGUUAAUGACCGAUACAUGGUGCUCAUCCGGAGGUUUGUCCUCUAAUGGUGAUCUAGUAAGCACGGGAGGUUAUCGAGAAGGGAUUCGCAGUAUAAGACUCAUGAAUCCAUGUGAUAACUGCGAGUUUCAGGAAAAUGCAAAUGGUCUUGCUGCUAUGAGAUGGUAUGCUACUCAACAUAUGCUUGAGAAUGGUAGCUUCAUUCUUGUUGGAGGUCGCGGCGCACAUAACUACGAAAUCAUUCCACCAGGAAAACUGCAAUUCCAGGUGCAACAAUUUGGGUUAAACUUUCUUGUCGAGACCGAAGAUGAGAAAGAGAACAAUCUCUACCCAUUCGUCAAUCUUCUCCCUGAUGGGAAUGUAUUCAUUUUUGCCAACGACAGAUCAAUAAUCAUUGACCCUUAUAGUGGAAAAACCGUCGGCGAACUUCCUGUACUUCCUGGAGGUUCAAGAAACUAUCCAGCAUCAGGAAUGUCCGCACUUUUGCCAAUCAAUCUCAAUACUCCUAAUCCUGAGGAUGUUGAAGUUGAGGUCAUUGUUUGUGGUGGAAAUACCCAUGAUGCCUUCAAAUAUUCUGAGCUUCCACCGAGACAAUUCUUCCCAGCAUUAAAAGAUUGUGGAAGGAUAUUUGUUAACAAACAAGGAUCUCAAUGGGAUAUUGAAGAAAUGACCUCACCAAGAGUCAUGGGAGACAUGUUGCUUCUACCAACUGGAGAUAUCUUGAUCAUCAAUGGAGCAAAGACAGGGACUUCUGCAUGGGAUGCUGCUGAGGAACCUAAUCUUGUGCCACUUCUGUAUAGCCCAAACAAACCAAAAGGACAAAGGUUCAAGGAAUUGAAGCCUUCACAGAUUCCUCGAAUGUACCAUUCUGUUUCUGCUGUUUUGCCAGAUGGCAAGAUUUUGGUGGCAGGAAGCAAUACCCAUGCUACGUAUGACUUUCAGGCUAAGUAUCCAACUGAUUUGAGAGUAGAGAAAUUUUCACCUCCUUACUUGGCACCUGAGUUGGACCAGCACAGGCCCCAAAUUCUUGAGAAUGGAGCUAACAAUGAGAUGAAAUAUGGCCAGGAUUUCAAGGUCAAUAUCAAGUUGGAUGAAGUUGUGGAUGAGACUGACAUUAGGGUCACCAUGUAUGCACCACCUUUUACCACACAUGGUUACUCUCAGGGACAGAGGUUGCUCAUUUUGCAGCUUAAAUCUGUGACAAACCAAGAGGUCACUGUAGUAGCACCGCGCUCAGGCAGAAUUGCUCCACCAGGCUACUAUUUACUCUUUGUUGUUCACCGCGGCGUGCCUAGCCGUGGAAUGUGGGUGCGCAUCGACCAGUAGACAUGAUCAAGUAUAUCCCAAAAUUAAACUCUUUUUUAUUUUAUGUAUACUAUUAAUGUUCUUAUAUACAAAAGGAAAUAUAACCAUAUCUAAUAGACA